AUGGACGCUCCUCUCCACUUCAAGGUCGAGACCUACGAGGACCGCGGCAAUCAUCCUUGGGUGCGCAAAAACUACGAGCUUGACGUGCCACGGACGGCAACGGUGCGCGAGGCGCUCGCUCUGUUCCGUGCGAAUGGUGCCCCGAGCUGGAUGAGCGACCAGAAGCUCGCUCAAGAGCUUGGCCUGCACAUUCCUCGCUCGCUCUCUUCGCGUCCGUCGCUAUCGCCGGGGGUUGACGACUCACCACCCAUCGCAGACGACGUGCUCGACAGCAAGGUCGUCGACUGUGGCUUGUGUGAGCGUAAGUUCACCUUCAGUAGCAACCGGCCCAGAGGCUUUGGUGUUUACGACUAG